AUGUCCCUCCGUCGUGAAGAAGAGGCUGACCUCGAGGCUGCUGGCCAUAUCUAUGAUCUGCAGAUUGCCAGAUUUCUGGAUUUCCAGACAUCAAGCUCCUCGCAACUAUUUGACAUAGAUGGUCUUCUCAUCACAGAGGCUAAAAUGCGUGAGAAUACCCAGCGGGAGGUGGCCCUCAAACAUCAGCUUGCAAUCUUCAAGAAGAAGGUCAAGUACAAGCUGCCCUUCUUCAAAUCUAUCUGCAUUGAUGCUCACCUAUUUGAUGAAACCUUCGCCUUGGGUGAGCAUUAUUGGUUCCUGGAAAGACGAUGGGCGAGGAUCAAGGCUUCACUCGGGGACAUUCCGUUCUCUCGCGGCAUUGAUCUAUGGAGAUCCGACCCGAGAUGGUACAUGCACCGUGCUCUGCGUGAAGACUGUGCCACCAAAGGAGGAUGUUGCGGGAGGAUGUGUGGAUGUUGCCUUCGUCGUGAGAAUCUCGAGAAGCCAUUCGCUGGCGGCCAUUGUACCGUGGAAUGCUACUGUUGUAAGAAGACUCAAGGACGUCAAAGUGGGCUUCAACGUCUUCGACAUCUCCAUCAUCAACAACAGGAUGAGAGAGGCUUAGCAUCUGGGCUGCAAAAGAAUGAAAUUUCGAAUCAGAUUCGGUACGCAUCGUUGCUCGGCCUUAUGCCUGGGAGCAAUGACAAUCCCUUCAACCUCAUUGACGAUGUCCAUGUGCAAUACGGCCGCCCUCUCUCGAUAAAUGGGCAUGUUUUCAAGCGGUCAUCAAGAAGCGAGGCUUUAGGAAUUUCCCAUACUUUUCCCUCGCGUGAAUACCAAGUUUAG